GGGCAGCCCGCGGAGUUCGCUGGCGGGAGUGAGGGGUCCUUUUGGGCAGGACCCGCCCCUUGGUCACGUCUAGCCCAGGCACUUGGGUUAAAACCUUGCUUGCCCGCAGCGAGAGCCGGAGAGGACUGAGGCUAAGAUUUCAGAAUGACUUCCAUCUUGACUUACACGCUUAAAAGUCUUCCCAGUACAUCAAAAUGGGCCCUCAGAUUUUCUUUAAGACCUUUAAGCUGUUCCUCCCAGCUACGAGCUGCCCCAGCCGCCCAGACCAAGUCGAAGAAAACCUUAGCCAAACCCAAUAUAAGGAAUAUUGUGGUGGUGGAGGGUGUUCGCAUUCCAUUUUUGCAGUCGGGCACUUCAUAUAAGGAACUGAUGCCACAUGAUUUGGCUAGAGCAGCACUUUUGGGUUUGCUGCAUCGGACCAAUGUCCCGAAGGAUGUUGUUGAUUAUAUCAUCUUUGGCACAGUUAUACAGGAAGUGAAGACUAGCAAUGUGGCUAGAGAGGCUGCCCUGGGAGCUGGCUUCUCUGACAAGACUCCUGCUCACACUGUCACCAUGGCUUGCAUCUCUGCCAACCAAGCCAUGACCACAGGUGUUGGCUUGAUCGCCUCCGGGCAGUGCGAUGUGGUCGUGGCAGGUGGUGUAGAGUUAAUGUCUGAUGUCCCUAUUCGUCAUUCAAGGAAAAUGAGGAAGAUGUUGCUUGAUCUCAAUAAGGCCAAGACUCUGGGUCAGCGGCUGUCUUUAAUCUCUAAAUUCAGAUUGAAUUUCCUGUCACCUGAGCUCCCUGCGGUGGCCGAGUUCUCCACCAGUGAGACCAUGGGCCACUCUGCAGACCGACUGGCCGCUGCCUUUGCUGUUUCUCGACUGGACCAGGAUGAGUACGCGCUGCGCUCUCACAGCCUGGCCAAGAAGGCCCAGGAUGAAGGACUCCUGUCUGAUGUUGUGCCCUUCAAAGUACCAGGAAAAGAUACAGUUACCAAAGAUAAUGGCAUUCGUCCUUCAUCUCUGGAGCAGAUGGCCAAACUAAAACCUGCAUUCAUCAAGCCCUAUGGCACAGUGACGGCUGCAAAUUCUUCUUUCCUGACUGAUGGUGCAUCUGCAAUGCUGAUAAUGGCAGAGGAGAAAGCUCUGGCCAUGGGUUAUAAGCCAAAGGCAUAUUUGAGGGAUUUUGUGUAUGUGUCUCAGGAUCCAAAAGAUCAACUUUUACUUGGACCAACUUACGCUACUCCAAAAGUUCUGGAAAGGGCAGGAUUAACAAUGACUGAUAUCGAUGCUUUUGAAUUUCAUGAAGCAUUCUCAGGUCAGAUUUUGGCUAAUUUUAAAGCCAUGGAUUCUGAUUGGUUUGCACAAAAUUACAUGGGUAGAAAAACCAAGGUUGGGUCACCUCCUUUGGAGAAGUUUAACAACUGGGGUGGAUCGCUGUCCCUGGGACACCCAUUUGGAGCUACUGGCUGCCGGUUGGUCAUGGCAGCUGCCAACAGAUUACGGAAGGAGGGAGGCCAGUAUGGCUUGGUGGCUGCCUGUGCCGCCGGAGGGCAGGGCCAUGCGAUGAUAGUGGAAGCUUAUCCAAAAUAAUAAAGGAGAGCUGACCUGGAGUUUCUGCGCAACACUCGCACUAGGCAAUGCCAUUCCAAUGCAUUACUAACUGACAUCCUUAGUUCCUAUCUCCUCUUAGGAAAAGACAAUUUGUGGCCUUCUGUUCAAUACUUUGCAAUUAAGCCUUGCUAGUAUUCUGAGCUUUCCAGUAAUCACGGCUUACUACUCUUUCAGGGAUUUCUUAAUCAGCAGAAUCUCUCAGUGUUAUGUUUAAACAGCUGUUUGGGGGCUCUAUUUUCAUUAAAUACUUAAAUGAGUGGUUGCAGUUCAGGAGAGAGGUUUUCUGAGAUUUGGAAUCAUCUUUGUAACAUUUGCAAAGUAUACUCCUUCCUGUUUGUGACCUAAAGAUGUGUGUUUUCUAUAAAAUACAAACCAAUGUGCCUAAAGAAACUUAAUUAUGGAAAGGUAAUUCAGAGUUUAAAUGUCACUGAAAACUUACAGUAAAUGUUUAGAUAUGUAAGUACCCUGUUACACUUAAUAAAGUGAGGGAGUAUUGAA